AUGGCCCCGGGGGGAAAUCCCGUCGGCGAUUUCCGCUUGGAGAUCUGUUAUGUUCUCCAGCAUGUCCUGCAGCACGAUGACCUCGCUCAUGGCGCCGAACUUGCUCGACUCCUCCUUCCUCUUGCCGCCGAUGAUCUUGCCCUUGCCGCCUGGCUCGGCCCAGCCACCGCCGUCCGCGUCUGCCUUCUUGCGCCGCUUCUCGACCUGGACCUGCAGCGGGUUCACGAUGCCGGACUCGUCGGCGCCGAGGCCGGUUCCUCGCGUCCAGCCGUACUUUGA